AUGCCAAAUACUAGCACGGGAGAAACCCCAUUUAGUCUGGUCUACGGGUCUGAAGCCGUAAUCCCAGCUGAAAUCAGCCUACCAUCACCGCGCAUGAUAGCCAUGGAAAAACAAAACAAUGAGCAAGAACGAAGAAUGGAUUUAGACCUUCUUGAAGAAAGGCGCGAGAACGCCGCCAUCACAGAAGCAAGGUACAAAUCCAAACUCGAAAAAUAUUACAACGCACGCGUACGCGUGUGUACCUUUGUCCCCGGGGAUUUCGUCUUACGCGAAAAUGAAGCGUCAAAUGCAGAAAAACCGGGCAAAUUAGCGCCAAAAUGGGAAGGACCAUACAUCAUCAAUGAGGUCCUAGGUAAAGGGGCAUACACCCUAAAAAGAAUCGACGGGACUCUAGUUCCUCGCACCUAG